GUUGGCGGGGUAAAAGCAGCUUGCAUCUCAGUCUUGGAGGGGCCCUGCUUGGCAGCUGAUAAGAUAAGCCCGGACAUUUCACGGUAUUGAAUCGUACCGUACCGUACAAUCAUCUGACUGUCAAUUUUUGGCGGAGCUUACACUAACUGUCGGGGAACACCCACCCGAUUACCGAGCAAUUCUUCACAAUGCCCAGCUUGUUAGGGAAGCGCAAGGCGCGGCCAGUGGAAGAGGAGUCAGAGACAUCCGUGGACGCCCAAGAGAUCCUCAAGCGGCACUUCGAGGCGCGCUUCAAGCCACUUGCCAUCGCCGCCGCCCACGCCGCACCAAGAAGGCCAGCCAACGAUCCUGGGACUGACGACAGUGACGGCAGCCAGGAUGAUGACGACAGCGAUGCCGACGCGGGAGAGUCCGAUUCGGAGUGGAGCGGUAUUUCGGACAGUGGAAAUACAGACGAGGAUGAGGAUGACACGGAAACGCCCGUGAUCGAGGUAGUUGACCAUACAUCCGAGGCAUCCGCCGCCGCAAUCGCGAAGAUGAGCAAGCAAGAACUCAAAGCCUACCUCUCUUCUCGGCCACCCGACCCCAGCAGGCCAGCGGCGCAGGCGACGGCCAGUGCCAAAAAGGCGCCAUCUGACCAGGACCAACCCGAAGACAGCGCCGCUUUCCUGGCCAACGACCUCGCCCUGCAGCGGCUUAUCGCCGAGUCCCACAUCCUGUCGGCGGCCGGUGCCAACCCCUCCCACUGGCAGUCGGAGCACGCCGCUGGCACUGCCGCCAAUAUGCGUGCCUUCGCGGCCGGCCGCACGGCUCGCAAAACCACCGACAUGCGUGUGCAGGCACUGGGGGCCAAGGAGAGCGUCCUAGCUCAGGCAAAGAUGCCCAUGUCUAUGCGCAAGGGUAUCGUGAGUGCCGCUGCAGAAAGAGAGGCGAAGAGGAGGAGAGAGGCGCGCGAGAACGGAAUCAUUCUCGAGAGGGAGGGGAAGAAAGCCACGCCGAAGAAGAGAGGGAGGGGAGACAGACCGGUCGAUCUGCCGGCCGUGGGGAAGAUGAGAGGGGCCGAGUUGAGAGUCAGCGCCAGAGAGGCACGGGCGAUCGCUGCUUCGGUGAGGGGACCGGUUGGGAAAGGGAAGGGGAGGCGGAGGAGAUGAUAUCUCCUGCCUGAUCCCUGCCGGCGCAGCGUGCAAGCAAGCAGGUCCACUACCUACUCUAUCUGCUGGGCUUCCUCCGCGCGAUUUGGG